UGAAGAGAAGUUCAAAUACAGAAAGACAGAGAGAGACGUUAUGAGUUGUAGUUACCGUUGGUGAAGGAAGAGAUCAAAAAUGCCGAAGAACCAAAACACCAUACCCAAAUCGUCGAGGAAGCCAUUAAAGGACGUCUCCAAUGGCGUCAAACCCUCCAAAUCCGUGAAGAAGAAGAAGAAAGAUCCAGAAAACGAAGAUCGAGGCGGAGAUGACGCGCUCGAUGGCCGCCUCCUUGUUCACUCAGAAAUGCCCAAGAACCAAAACACCAUACCCAAAUCGUCGAGGGAGCCAUUAAAGGACGCCUCCAAUGGCGUCAAACCCUCCAAAUCCGUGAAGAAGAAUAAAGAUCCAGAAAACGAAGAUCGAGUCGGAGAUGACGCGCUCGAUAGCCUCCUCCUUGUUCACUCAGAUCUGUCCGCUCUCAUUCAUCAGAUCGAUGAACUAGUUGUGCAAGCACUUAAAAUUAAAGUGACAAGCAAAACGGGGAGGAAGGAAAUUGAAUCUCUAGCUAAAGACUUGUCUGAAACGCAAACUUCUUUAAAGCCAUGGAUUCUCAGACUUCAGAGAGCACUUUCCAGUCCUUCCAUGGUGUCCGAGAAUCAGUUGGAACAGUCUUUGGCUUGUAAGACUGUUCCUGCUGUAAAUGAGGAUAUAAGCGAUGGUCUUGACAGCCCAGAUCGAACUAAGUUGGACUCACUAGUCUCUCCGUCUCCUCUCGUGUCCUGGCGUGCUGACUGUACUACUGAGAGUGGUAGACAAUUGUUCCUGCUCACACCUUUACCUAGACCAAAAGAAUUUUCAUCCAAAUUUCAGGAAUCAUCUAAAUCGGUACUUGAAAAGAUUACUUUAAAGGGUAAUGGAGGGUUACCGUCACUUCUUGCCAUCACUGGAGAUACAAAUGAUGAUUUGCUUGAAGAUGUAGCUAUAAAACCAACUCCAAGUGAACUUUCUGAUUCUGCUGUUACCAAAUUGGAAAGCAGCACUCAGGGGAGUGGGUUUGUUUCUCCGCCUAAAACUUCUAGGAGGGACUGCUCUAUGCUUGUUAUGACUCCAUGCCUGAAAAUGUCACCACCUAGGUCUUGCGUACUUCUUGAACCUAUUUCUGAGAUCUCUCACAAAGACAACCAUGGGGUUUGUAAAUCAACCCCAUUUCCUGUUGGAGUUCAAAAUUUUAGUGGGUCUCAAAGUUCUGACUCCUCCAGCAGUCAAGUUCCCAAGCACCUGGGUUUUAAGUAUCCAGAGCUCUUCGGAAUAAAACAAGCUCACGAAUUGGGAAAUGGAAAGAAGGUGGUAGAAGAAUUUCCAGAUUGGUUUAUGUCACCUUUUAAGACCUGUGUUUUAAUGGAGCCUUCUGAUGAGAAGUCAUUGAACAAUGCUGUGAGCAAUUGCCAGUUGCCAAGUGCUGCUUGUAUGCAAGGCAACCAUAUUCCAAAUAAGAAAUCUUGUAGUCAAGAACUUGGCGGUAUUGAAAGUACUCCCUUGUGGAAGGAGCCUGGAAGUACGACCCGGACUGGAAAGUUUCCUGGUGAAAAUACUUUAAAGAAGGAAUUAUGGACAAAGUUUGAAGCAGCAUCUACUAAUGGGAUUCGUUUCAAUGUCUCUGUUCUUCAAAAGACUGCUCAGAAAGGAUUUCUUGACAGAUUGGAUGAGGUUUCUUGUGACGAGACUAGUCCAGUACCCGAGGGUUUGAGAUGCUAAAACGUCAUUGCUGGUAUGAUUAAAAUUUUGCAUUGUAGAAGUUGGUUCAAGUUUUGAAAUCUAAGAGCUGUAAGAGAGUGUUGUUGUAUACUUCAAAUUUUUGAAUUGCAGUAGUUGGUGUAAGCUUGGUAGUAUGGUGGAUAUAUAUACUUUUACCAUUGGCACCAGCUAAAUCAUGUAUUCUACAAACCCUGAAGGAAACACAAUAUAUGCAUAAAAGUACCCUUUGUUUUCUCUCGGUAAUUAUAA